UAUAAAAGAGGGUUUUGAUUUGACGUUGAGAGAACACAAGUGGCCGGCACGAACACGCUUUACAUCAACAUCACUGCAGACCUUUUUCCGCCAUGAAGUUUUUCACCCAAGUGCUGUCGUUUCUUCUGUCAGUCCUGGUGGCUUCUCACGCCAACAACAUAAACACGGUGUUGGGGCUGUCCCAGGCGGUGAGCCCCCGUCAGUGUGGAGCGAGUACCCCGUGUAUGUGGGCUGUGUGCAGGUGGAGGGCAGCUCUGAGGGUGGACGAGACCUUCUGUAACUUCCUGGACUAUGACUGUCAGUGCCGCGAAGGGACGUCCUGUCAGCAGACUGGCAACAUAAAACCAGGUCCCAGUAACUACCUCACCUACUCCUUCUACUGCCUUCCCAACGAAUCCGGAAAUCAGAAUUAAGCGCGUGCCUACGGGUAAAGGGACGCAACUCCACAGGCUAUUUUGUGUCGCCAUCUUGUGAUACGACGCCAUAUUUGUUUCGAUUCGAACAAUUUUGUCAGAGAACCAUUCACACAAGAUCAUUUAUACCCACGACUUUUUUUUAUGAGUGAGUUAAAAUUGUCACCGCAUCGGCAAUAUUGCAGCCAUUUUUCGUUGCCUUCUUUACAGAUUGUAGUCUUCGUCACACUUUUUGCAGGUUGACAUUUGUCUUAUUUCAUGGAGUAUAUUCAACGGCAUCAGUGAUGAUUUGUGAUAUUUUUUUAUGACGAUUGUGACAGGCACACCAAUGCUUCAGAGACACUGGAUUUCUUUUGAUUGCAAAAUUCAUAUUUUACCCGUUGAAAUUUAUCUUCUUUAACAAACAUCUUAAUUUUGGAAAGAGCAAUAUCUGCGUGGAAUGUCAAAUUAUCUUUGUAGUUAAAACUUAAACUGUUACGAUAAGCGGUUUAACCAUUUAUGUUUAUAAAUGAUAUCGGAGAUCUCACGUGUUAAAUAGGAUUAGUUGAUACGUGCAUAUAAUGGCUGACGAAUGCACAUGGUUGGGAUAAAAUAAAUACUUAUUCUGA